AUUUUAUUUUCAUGAUAAUUGAUAAUAAAUGUCACGUUAUUGAUUUCACCCGGGUUUCUGUGUAUAACCCUUAAAAAUUUCACCAAUUUAAUAGUUGCCGCUGGCUUUCGAUCAUUAAAAUCAAUUCCAUUUGCUUAAUAGCAUUUCAACUUUUUACUAGCGUAUUUUGAAUUAAUUGUAUACAUUCAGAGAUGGGUGAUAAUAAUUCUAGCCCUGAAGUUGAUCGGCUUAAAAGUUUCCAUCCUGACUGCGACGAAUUAAAACAAAAGUAUGAUCAGUGUUUUAAUGUAUGGUUUACUGAACAUUAUAUGAAUGGACAUGAUAACAAUGAAAGAUGCAAUAAAGUGUUUGAGUUGUAUACAGACUGUGUAAAACGUGGUAUGAAAGAAUACGGAUUGGAAUACGAACAAACAACUACUUUGCAUUUGGGAACAAACAAAGAAAAAACUAUUUUCACGGAYACAGAAAACGCAAAAUAGAAUAAUGAAUAACGAUAAAAAAAUAGCAAUGAACAAUCUAGUGGAAAAAAAGGACUUGCAUGAACUGAAUAACUCAUUAGAUAUAGAAUUGGAAAAGUUGAAAAUGAAAAAAAAA